AUGCACACCAGACCCCAAGACUUUGGGUUCGACAGAGCCUCCCUGGCCCUGGUGUUUGGUUGGUGCGAGUGCGUGUGCAGACUUGUGCAUAUGUAUGCAUAUGUGUAUAUGUGUAUGCGAGAUGGGAUGGAGGUGGAGUGGAGUGGAGUGGAGUAG